AGAGACAGUGCGUAGACGUUGGCUGUUAUUUGUGCUAUCUAUCCCGUCCGAAUAUUGACUAACAUCGGUGAAUGGCUAUGGCAAAUUCUGACUGGGAAAAUCGUCGUCCCUUAACGCAACGUGAGUUACAAAAUGAGGUCGACAAUGUGUGGCAAAAUGAAGAUGAGGCAGAUAGUGACGAAGACUUGUUUGGUGAAUUAUCUGACAGGGACAACAGUCUGAUACUGACAAUGAACAGAGUGAUGAUGGUGAUGAAGUUGUGUUACAGAAUCCUGGUAUAUCGAGCAGGAACACUGCUAGUAUAA